AUGCGUGCUAAAAGGAUUGUCAUGAAAAAACAAGAUUUGAAGGCCGUAGUGGUUCUGGAGGACAUCUUUUCUGACUUUAUAAACUGUCACGAGAAAUGUCGUUUGUGUUUCAAAGACGUUACCGAGCGAGAUUCAAGAAUACAAAUCACAGAUGACAUAGAGAAAAAGAUUAAUUCUGUCUUGCAAGUUCACUUUUCAUUGGAUGGAACAGGAUCAGAUUUUAUGUGUUCAAAAUGUGAAAACAUUUUAAAUGAUUCUCAUCAGUCCAAGUUCAAAAUAAAUGAUAAAUUGAAGUGUUAUGAGAAGUUUAGUAAUAAAAAAGUUGACAAUGUCCGCAUUGAACUAUCAGUUCCAAUACACUACAAUUUCAUUAAAGUUGAAGAUGAAUUGAAUAUAUCAACGGAGAUGGAGUUGGUUUCACCAAUGAAUGAAGUCAAAGAAGAAAGUUCUGAAGAUGAAAGUCUAAAGGAUCAUGAUGAAGUUAAGAAUGAAGAGGAAAAUGAACUUGAAAAUCAGGAUCAGUCAAAUCCUCAAUUAAUUUUAUGCGAUGCUGGUGGAAAAGUUUUUAAAAAUGAUCACUCGGUCAAGCGACAUCAGUGCGACAUUUGUGGAUUAACAGCGACAUGUAAAUUCAACAUUUCUUCUCACAUGAACACGCAUAAAGAAUUUAGGACAAAGGAUUUUCAGUGUCAAAUUUGUGGGAACUCUUACUUUAAUAAAAAUGUGCUUCGAUAUCAUAUUUUGAAAAAUCAUGAAAAACCAAAGCACCUUACCUGUUCACUAUAUAGUAGAACAUUUACGACCGAAGAAGGUAUUGAAAGUCAUAAGUUACGUCCCUGUCAUUUACCUUGUGAGGUCUGUGGAAAAAUGAUUUUAAACAAAGAACUCAAGCCACAUUUAAAUACGGUGCACUUCAAUAUAAAACCAUAUCAGUGCGAUAUUUGUGGUAGGAAAUUCAAUAAAAAGACGCCUCUUGCUUAUCACUUGAAUACGCACAUAGAUUUCAGAACAAAAGAUUUUGAUUGUCAAAUUUGUGAAAGUUCCUAUUUGAGUAAAGCGGCACUUCGAAGCCAUAUAUUAAAAAAUCAUGAAAGACCAAAACAUCUUACCUGUUCAUUGUGUAGAAGAUGUUUUAAGACCGAAAAAAGCUUAAAAAAUCAUAAGUUACGUCCCUGUCGCUUACCUUGUGAGGUGUGUGGAAAAAUUCUUUUAAAGGAAAAUCUCAAACAUCAUAUAAAUAGGGUUCAUUACAAUAUAAAACCAUAUCAGUGCGAUAUUUGUGGUUUGAAAACCAGUAGAAAAACACAUCUUGCCAAUCACGUGAAUACGCACAAUGAUUUUAGAACAAAAAAGUUUCAUUGUCAAAUUUGUGAAAGUUCCUUCUUUGAUAAAGGGUCACUUCAAUUUCAUAUAUUGAAUGUGCAUGAAAAACCAAAGCAUCUUACCUGUUCAUUAUGUAGAAGGACUUUUGCUACCGAAGAAGGUUUAAAAAAUCAUAAGUUACAACCUCAUCGUUUAAAUCAUAAGGUAAGUUGUAAGCUCUGUGGAAAAAUGAUUUCCAAGGUAAAUCUACAAAUACAUUUAAGAAGAAUGCAUUCGAGUAUUAGACGAUAUCAAUGCGAUAUUUGUGAAAAGAAAUUCUGUACUAAAGCAGAUCUUGCUCAUCACAUGAUUAGACAUAUUAAUUUGAAACAUAGAACAAGAGAUUAUCAUUGUCAAAUUUGUGAAAGUUCCUUCUUUGAUAAAGGAACACUUCAAUUUCAUAUAUUAAAUGUGCAUGAAAAACCAAAACAUCUUACCUGUUCAUUAUGUAGAAAAAGUUUUCGGACCGAAGAAGGCUUAAAAAAUCAUAAGUUACGUCCUCACAAGGUAAACGAACCUUGUGAGAUUUGUGGGAAAUCAAUUAGAAAUCUGAAGAUGCAUUUGAAUAUCAUGCAUUUCAGUACUAUACGAUAUCAAUGUGAUAUUUGUGGAAAGAAAAUCAGUAGUAAAACAUAUCUCGCUUACCACGUGAACAAUCACAAAGAUUUUAGAACAAAAGAUUUCCAUUGUCAAAUUUGUAGAAGUUCCUACUUUGAUAAAAAAACACUUAAAAGUCAUAUACGAAAUGUUCAUGAAAAAAAGCUUACCUGUUUAUUAUGUGGAAAAACUUUUAAAAAGAAAGAGUCUUUAAAAAAUCAUAAGUUACUUCCUCAUCAUUUUCGUUGUGAUAUUUGUGGAAAACGUUUCCCUACUAAACACUUAAUUCUACGUCAUCAAAAUAUGCAUCAAGAGAGAAAUUUUACUUGUGAUGUUCAUGGAUGUCAAAAGAAAUUCAAAACAAAAUCUAAUCUUAAAAAACACAUUUUAACCGUUCAUAAAAAAAUUGGUGAACCAUGUCCUGUUGGAAAUGGAUGCAAAUACUCAGUAAGAAGAAGAGAUUCCAUGAAAAGACAUUUGAAGGUACACAAAGAACUUUCUCGUGAAGAACUGGAAAAUUAUUGGAACAAGAUUCGGACAAUGAAUUUUGUUUGA